AUGGAUAGUCUCUUCACCAAGGCAGCCGAAGAGCAGAUACGUGAUGGAGACAUGGCCCAACCGGAUUGUGGGCCGCAGCGAGACCUUAUGGGUUCAAUUGAGCGUAAAGAUUGCCAGGUGUCGGAACUUGGGACGCAGCUGGAGUCGGAUCGCAAGAAGUAUGAGGACAACAUACGUCAGAAGGAUGAGAUUCUCGAGCGGCAAGCCGGAGAGAUCCUCGAGCUGCGAUCCAAGGAGCAAACUGAGCGACAAGCCAAAGAGCAAGCUGAACAACAAAUCAAAGAACAAGCCGAACAAUAUGUCAAGGAGAAAGCUGAGCGGCGAGCCAAGGAGAAAGCCGCGCGCAGCAAGGCCCGGGCUCAGCUCAUGGGCAAUAUUGAAGCAAAAGAUGAUGAUGGAAAUACGCCCCUCAUCUCUGCAACUCGGAUGGGGAACGGAAACGCAGAUGUGGUCAUAGUUCUGCUUGAUCGAGGGGCUGAUGUUGACGUGGAAGAUGAAUACGGUAUCAUUCCUGCAAAGUUUACGAGUCUGAUGAUUUGCAUUACCGCCUACGUGCGCUGGCUACAUCUGAUUUACACGAUUGCUUAA